AUGGAAGGUCUGAUACUGAGAUCGUUCGAAGAAUCGCAUUUUUAUCAAGCAAACAACACUGCUAGUGCUGAUCAACUCGAUGAAAUCUCAAUGAGUUUUAGAGCUAAUUUUGACUCGAUCAAAGGGAUUAAGGAAAGAUUUGUUGAGAAAUUGAAGAAUGACGGCUUAGAAGAACGAGAAUUUGUUGAUUUCAGACUCGGGACGAUGAAGAAAUUGAACAACGUUAUAGCGUUGGUUUGCCCAUUGACGAGUUUUUACGCGAAGCAUAUGUAGGCCUCCUCCAAACAUUGCUUUGUCUAGAGAGCGAUAGGAAGCUUUCUGAUACAAGCAAACGGUUGCUACCACAAAUUUCAAAUGCUCUAAGCGUUAUUCGACAUACUUUGAAAGAACAAGAGAGCCAGAUACCGAAUCAUAAAUCAGAAGCAAGUCGUUACAGAAAGAAUACAUUGGAUGGUUUGUCUAGUCUCACCGAUAUUUACUUGAGAAGUAAGCCAGAUUACGAAGUGCUCAAGUCUUAUGGCAAUUUUAUCAAAGAUUUUCAGAUUGUCAGCGAGAUUACUGAAAGUUUAGAAGAUUUACAAGAUAAAUUUGAGGUGUUGAGACGAAAGCCCAAGGAAAGCCAAGGGAUCGAAAGGCCUAUCAAUUUCAACGACCACAAUUUGCCGCCGUUUGCUGAGAUGGAACAGCGAGUUGAUUUAUCAGGAUUUAUUUGA